AUGAAGACCACCACCCUCUACCUUAUCCUCACCGCUGUUGCCGGCGUCCUUGCCGCCCCUUAUUCCGAGAUAGAGGCAGCCCAGCUUGAGACCAGAGCUACCUGCAAAAGCCCAAGUAUUUGCUCUGUGUUUUGGUCAGGCAGAUGCGAGGCAUGGUGUGGAGACAAAGCUUUUCUCCCACAUGACCGGGGACGGCUGCAAAGGCCUUGGUGCGAAGAAGUGCUGCUGCAGAAAAUGAAUGCCCAACUAUGGUCGAUAAGGUAUGUCAAUCCUCGUGGUGAGCUGCUUCACAAGGACACCACUAAUCCCAACCAUCAGCAGGAAUACUGCUCGUCCCAAGCAUAUAGACACGAGCUCUGCUCACCGGUGACGCAAUGCAACCCAUUGGAUUGGCGUUAA